UCUUAUAGGAGUAUAAUACUAAUUUACUAUAAUAGUAGUAUAAAUAAAUAUUAUUCAAAAUACAUUUUCCAUCUGUUAAUAACAAUCAACAAAUUCUCUCUCUUUCACAAUUUUCCUAUCAUUUUUCUCACUUCUUUUGAUCUGAUCGAAAAUGGCAGAGAUUGAACUGAAGACUGCUCCAGCUGAUUUUCGAUUUCCAACAACAAAUCAAACUAGACACUGUUUCACCAGAUAUAUUGAGUUCCACAGGUGCUUAGCAGCAAAGGGUGAAGAGUCUGAUGCUUGUGGGAAGUUUGCCCAAUACUACCGUGCCCUGUGUCCUGGUGAAUGGGUCGAACGCUGGAAUGAGCAGAGGGAGAAUGGCACCUUUCCUGGGCCUCUUUGAAUGCUUUAUAAGGAUUGAUCUUUUUGCGCAAGGAAGCUUCAACGUGCUCGCAAUUUACUCGUUGAAGCGAAAGUUAAACAGUUUCGUUCCAGAACUCAGACAAAUUAAUAAAACUUCCAUUGAAUAAUUCACUCUCUUUUCCUCAUUGUUUUGCCUGCAAAAUGUGAUCAUCAGGUUGAUAUUAAAUUGCAAUAUUGAACUUAUCUUUGUUUUCUGUUCGGAAAGUAGUAUCUUUGAUUGCCAAUCUGGCUGAUUGUGUCACUGAUACUCUAGGAUUGGAGUGCAACCUUAGAAUUGAAAUUAUUUUGGAACAUGGAUUUCUCAGUCA